GCGGGCGGUUAGGUCUGGCGGGAGCCUUUCCUUCACUGGCCCGCCUACUAUGACGAUCACCUACAGCUGCAUUGCAAAUGGCCGAGCGGUCCUAGCCGAGCUGGCCCUAACCGGCGGCUCUUAUCAGGAAGCAGCUGCAACAGUGCUUAAACUAGUGCUUCUUAGAGCUGAACCAAAGACCAUAAUUCAUAUGGGAAGCUUUGUCUACCAUACUCUGUUUAUUGAUGGAAUCACUUACCUAUGUGCUUCAGACAAUACCUUGGAUACCAUAACACCAUCUGCAUUUCUUAAAAAUGUUAGUGAGACUUUUCUGAGAAAUCCUUUGAUGGCACGAGAACAUUUUUCUCCUUCAAAUGCAGUCGCUGCAGAUUUUCAACAAGUAUUAGGAAAGUAUAUGAUGAAAUACAAUAAAAAUCAAGAUGACAGCUCGAUGUCCACACUGAGGAGUCAAGUGACUGAUGUAAAAAAUGUUCUGACCCAAAAUAUUGAUAAAAUUUUGGAAAACGAGGAAAGAUUGAAUAUCUUCUCUGAUAAGACAGCUAAUCUGCAAACAACUGUACUGGAUAUUGAACCCAGGGCCUUGUGCAUGCUAAGCAUGCGCUCUACCACGUGAGCUGUAACCUCCAACCCACCUCCUUCUUGUUUUGUAGAUUAAGAUGAACAAAUAGAGGUUCUAAUAUUAUGUUUCUGUUUUCCAGUGAAUCAUUUUACACAACCUCCUGGGAUGCUUAAUCCCAUUUUGGAACCCUCAUUCUACAAUAUAUACAUAGAAAUGGAAUUGCUGGAUCUUAAAAUAUGUGCACCUUUAAAUUAACAAAUAUUUCAAAAUUGCUUUCCCAACUGUUGUGCCCAUUUAUACUUCCAUCAGUAUCGUAUGUGAGGUCCUGUUGCUCCAUAGCACCUUGCCAAUACUUGGGAUUAUGAGAUUAUAAUUUUUAACAGUUUUGUAGGGGAAAAAAAAUAAUUAUUGUCUUAAUUUGCAUUUCCCUAAUUUUGAAUGACAGUGAGCGAUUUUUGUGUUUAUUAACCAUUAGAUUUUCUUUUGUGAAUUGUCUAUUGACAUCCUUUGCCCAUUUUGCUAAUGGGCUGCCUACCUUUUUAAAUACUUUGUAGUUAUAUGUAUAUAAUACUAAUUUUAUAACUAUUAAAGAAUGAAUAUAUAAUUCUUCAUCCUAAUAGUUAUGUAAAGUGUAAAUAUAUUCUCCCAACAUGUGGCUUGAUUUUAACUUUGUGUGUAGUCCUGUUAGGACUAAAGUCUAACUUUCAUGUAGGCAAAUAUAUUAGUCUUGUUCUUCAUAGUUACGCUUUCUGUGUCUUGUUUAAGAAUGCCUUCCUUUCCCCAGGUUAUAAACAUACUCUUACAUUGUCUCAAAAGUUUUUAAUUCUGCUUCUUAAACAUGGAUCUUUAAAACAUCUGAAAUUUUAUUUUUGCAUAAAUUAUGAGGUAGGUCAGAAUCAAAUUUUAUUAUUUUCUGUAUAAAUAACCAGUACCCUAAACAACCAUUUUUCAAUUGAAGAAUAGUCAGUUACAGUAUUGUGUCAAUUUCCCAUAUACAGCAUGUUUCAGUCAUACAUAUACAUAUAUAUAUAUUUCUUUUCAUGUUCUUUUUAUUAUAGGUUACGAGAUAUUGAAUAGUUUCCUGUGCUAUAAAACAAAUAAUCAUUUAUUGAAUAGCUCAGCCUUUCCCAUCUGAUUUGUAAUGCCAACCUUGUCACAUGCAAUGUUUUCGUAUGUAAACAGUUUUUAUCUUUUUCGAUUUUUAUGUAUUAUAUUCUACUGGUCUAUUUCUAUGUUUUUGGACCA